AUCCAAAACGCUUCCCCCAGCUUCGGAUCCAACGCACCCCAGCUUCGGCACUCGAACCCCAGCCUCGGUCCGAGCCUCAGAUUUGUUUCUCUGUUCGUUGAAAAUUUCGCACUAUUUCGAUCACUUUCUUUUCUCUCUCUGCUAUCUGAGCUCAAACCCAAACCCAAACCCCAUUUCUCUCUCUCUCUCUCUCUCUCUCUCUCCCCGAUUCGAACCCCCACCGCUCCGGUUGGCGACGGACUCCGAAGAUCAGUUCCGACCUUCAACGGCGGCCGCGCGGCGUCACUGUUAAUUUAUUUGAACUCAGAACAUGGCAGUUGGAGUGACUCUAAAAUAUACUGGAACAAGGUAGUUUUUUCUCAAAAGAACUUUAGCUGCUGCAAUUUUGUGGCUGGAUUAUCUAUGCCUGGAAACGAAGUUGGAGACAGGGUCCACAAUUUCUUUGGCCAAGAGAACUUGUCACAGGGUCAGCGUCAUCCGCAGGCCACUGACGGGAACUGGCCUGGUCUAAGUAACAAUUUGUGGGUUGGGAACCAGAGACAAGUUGGAUCUCCUGUUAACUCAAGUUUAAAGAGUUACAAUAUACAACCAGUAGCAGAUUCUGAGAGAGGGCAUGGGAGUCCGUCUUUGCAUGUGCCUCAUGGUUUGAAUUUUAUGCAAUCAAAUUUGAGGCCGGAGUUUGGCAGAGUUCAGUAUCAAAGUCAGCAGCCAACUGCAAAUGGCUAUAUGCAUGGGCAUCAGAUGUUCCAGACAAGGCAGAAUGAAGCUAACUUUUUGGGAGUGGAUACAGAGUCUGAUAAGCAAAAUUUAACAUCUAGAGGCUUGUCUACACCUGAAUCACGAGGAAGUGGUCCUGAACAUGCUAAAAAGAAUUCAGCGAGAUUGGAAACUUCAGAAUCUCCUGUUGGUUUUGAUUUUUUUGGUGGUCAACAGCAAAUGAGUGGUCAGCAUCUCAGCAUGAUGCAGUCUUCACCAAGGCAGCAGCAACCACGUAUUAGUGACAUGCAGCUACAAAGACAGGCAAUGUUCACACAAAUGCAAGAAUUUCAAAGGCAGCAACAACUAGAAAGGCAACAGCUGGUUUUGGCAAAUCAAGCUUCCUCCAUUGCAAAAGCUGCUGGUAACCACACACCAACCCAGAUGAAUGGCGUCACAAUCAACGAGGCAUCCAACAAUCAAUGGCCACCUAAUGUUGUGGCAGGCAACACAAACUGGCUGCAGCGUGGAGCUUCCCCUGUUAUGCAGGGGGGAUCUAGUGGACAUGUAUUGUCCCAUGAACAAGCCCAGGCACUGCGCUUGAUGGGCAUUGUCCCUCAACAGGCUGAUCAAUCUCUAUAUGGUGUUCCAAUUUCUAGCUCAAGUGGAACACCAGGUUCAUAUCCUCAUUUUCAAAUGGAUAAACCGGCAAUGCAGCAGAUAUCGGUCGGUCGUAAUUCAUUUCCAGGUAAUCAGUAUACUGCAUUUUCAGGUCCAGUUAGCAUGCAAGAGGGAUCUCUGGCUUCUAGACAGGAUUUUCAAGGGAAAAGUAUGGUUGGGCCUACUGCUGCUCAAAGUUUGAGCAGUGGGUUCAAUUUGGAAACAUUGCAUCGAGUAAAUCCCCAACAAAGAAAUGAACCCAUGGAGGAAUUCCAAGGGAGGCAAGAGCUAGUUGGAUUGUUAGAACCAUCACCGGAGAAAGCAGUUGGGCAGGUUGCACCCUCACAGGGUGUGGCUACACUAGAUCCAACUGAAGAAAAGAUUUUGUUUGGUUCAGAUGAUAAUCUUUGGGAUGCUUUUGGGAGGAGCGCCAAUGUGGGAAUGGGAGGUUCUAGUAUGCUGGAUGGUGCAGAUAUUUUUGGUGGACUUUCUUCUGUACAAAGUGGAACUUGGAGUGCUCUUAUGCAGUCUGCUGUUGCAGAAACUUCUAGUGUUGAUGGAGGGAUACAGGAAGAGUGGUGUGGUCCUAGUUUUCGAAAUCCAGAACCUCCAGUUGGGACUCAGCAGCCCUCAAGUGUCAGUGAUACUAACAAACAACAAUCUGGUUGGGCUGGUAACAACUUGCAUUCAUCGUCUGACUUGAAUUCUAGACCCUCCUCACAAUUUGCUGAUGCCAAUAGGCCCAGUAUCAGUGGUAGUUUUUCUAGUAUUCAGGGAUUUCAGCAAUCAGGAUCUAAAACUUUGCAUGAAAGAGGAGACGUUUUUCAGACUGAUUCUUCUCACAGGUUUAUUUCACAGAGUCCUGAACAAGGAAGUAAAUGGUUGGAUCACAACCCUCCACCACAGCCACCUGCAGACGGUAGUCAUAACAACUAUGGAACCAUUAGUCAUUCGUCAGGUAGAGAGGUAAAUGCAAAUAGCAUUUCAGGUUCUUGGAACCGUCAAGAAAGAAGUUCUUCGCAUAGUAAUGAUAACCAGCCAAACAAUAUGUCAAAUGGGUGGAAUUUUACUGAAUCUGUGUCAACAGAUGGGGGUAAUAAUCUGAAAAAUCAUGGGAAUCAAAUCUUAUCACGAUCUGCUGAAGGUGGUGAUCUGAAGAGAGGCAUGCAUGAGGAAAUAAGCCGUGCUGCUGGUAUGUGGAAGACGGAUUUUGCUCCAAACUCAAAUUUUGAAGUGGCACAUCCAAAAUAUGCAAGCCCGCAAAUCAGUAGAGAGGGUUCAAGUAUAAACAACGCUCCUAAAUCAAAUUCCAGCGCUGAAAGAGCCUACCAAGAAGGCCAGCAACAUCUUGCAAACAGUCACGAUUUCUGGACACCUGUUGAUUCUUUAGUGAACUCUAAAGGAGGAGAGGCUCUGGGAAAAAAUCAGCAUCAUCUGGACAAGAACCACCUGAUUUUGGAGUCAUCCGGGAACAAUUGCUUAGACAAAGGAGUAGUUGAAAUGCAUGAUAUGGAGAACAACAAUACAAAAGAGAAUUACCAUAAUGCAUAUCACCAUGCUUCCACUGGGGGUAUGAAGGAAAAUGUCGUCUCAGAUGCUGGCGAUUCACGUACUUUACCCGGAAGCAAACAACACUCAUCUGGCAAUGCUGGUCGCAAGCCCUCUGCAACUCGCAAGUUUCAGUAUCAUCCAAUGGGGGAUGUUGGUGUUAAAGUGGAACCUUCAUCUGGAAGAAAACACGUGACACAUUCACAGGCUAUGACCCAGCAGGUCUCUCGAGGAUUCAAAAGUCAUGAACAAGGGAGUUUUGGGCAGUCAAAAUUUAUGGGUCACACUGAUAGAAGUUCUAUGGAAAUUGAAAAGGUUAACAUAAGAGGUUCGGAUGAGCCACCUUCAAAAAGCAUGCUUCCAGGUUAUGCCCCAAGUACGUCUACUCCCUUUGACAGGUCUACUGGUAAUAAUAACAACACCUCAAAAAAGGCUGCACCACCAUCAAGUCAACAUAUGCUUGAGCUUCUUCACAAGGUGGACCAACCAAGGGAGCAUGGUAAUGCUACUCACUUCAGCCCUUCUGAUCACAACACGUCAUCUGAGAUGCCUGAAGUGGAAACUUCUGAUGGAUCUGUAGGUCACAUUCAGAGAAAUCAAUCAUCUGUCUCUCAAGGUUUUGGUUUACAGCUGGCUCCUCCAUCUCAACGGAUUCCACUUGCAGACCAUGCCCUGUCUUCUCAGAGUUCCUCACAAGCAGUUCUGGGUUCAGGUCGUGUCCAUUCUGAGAUGGGAGAAAAAGGUCGUACAUGGUUGGCCUCAACAGCAUCUGUUCAGUCCUUGCCAUCCUCUCACGAAGCAUCUCAAGGGGAAUUAAGAAAUAGUCUCCCUGGUAGCUCAGGGCAAACAGGGAAUAAGGCCCUGGCCCCACAAUACCAUAUUCAUGGAGGUUUAUCUGCAUCUUCCGAAUAUGGUUUUCCUCAUUCAAGAAGUCAACGAGAAAAUCAGCACAUGACUGCUGCAAGUGGCCAAGUAACUGCAAGCCAGUCUGUUAAUAUACCUUUUGAUAGGCUUGCAUUUCGUCCGCAACAGUUGGGUGAAUCUUUUGAGAGAGCUCAAACUAGUCAAUCUCCUCUGACAGAUAAGUCUGAAAGUGCUUCACAGGAUAACCUUACUUCUGCAGAGGCAUCACUCGUGAAUAUUGCCGACCAGUCCCGUUCAAGAGUCGCUGCCCCAAAAAUCCCAGAAUCAGAUGCUGAGCCUUCUGUUACGUCUGGUAUGUCCCAUCAAGGUGCAGCUCCUAAAGUCUUGACCAAUGUGUGGACCAGCGUUCCACUUCAGCAACCUCUACUCAAUGAGCAAGAUACCCGGGAAAGAGGGAAUGGCUUCUCUGCAUUUGGUGUAUAUAGUUCAAACUUGCAAAGCUCUGGUCCAAAAGAGCAGCCAUCCAAACAAAACACCAGGCAACAAGUAUCACCGGAGAACAUUCAGACUGCCCAAAAGACGAAUGUAUCACAAGGAAAAGAAUCCACUGCAAAUAAUUAUAUUGAGGCGUCUGCUUCAAACUCUGCUGCUACCCAGAGAGAUAUUGAAGCUUUCGGCCGUUCUUUAAAGCCAAAUAUCAGUUCCCAUCAAAGUUAUUCCCUGCUGAACCAAGUACAGGUUAUGAAAAGUACAGAGAUUGAUGGAAGUGAUCAUAGUGUGAAGAGAUUGAGAGGUCCAGAUUCUGGUGCAGAGACUCAGCAGGUGAGUCCCCAGGGAGGACCGCAAUUAUCUUAUGGAUAUAAUAAUAUGUUAAGGGAUUCAUCAGCUGAUCAUACCCCAGUACCUUCCGGAGAUUCUAAAAUGCUGAGCUUUGCAUCCAAACUUGGGGAUACCCGACUUUCAAAUGCAUCUGGUCAGGAUAUGUAUGCAUUUAGUCGGAAGAAUUCUCAGAAUUUCUCUAGUGGUAGUAAUGCAUCUUCUCUUAGAGGUGAACAGUCUCAAGUUAGUCCGCAAAUGGCGCCAUCCUGGUUUGACCAAUAUGGAACCUUUAAAAAUGGGCAAAUAUUGCCAAUGCAUGAUACACUUAGAGCCACUUUGAAGUCUAUGGAACAACCUUCCAUUGCUGGAAAGCCAGGUGAUCUGCAUGCUCGUGAACAGAUGGAGGAACCCAUUGCUACUUCUGAUGCUAGUACUAUCCCACAGAGUCCAGCUCUGAAACCUAUUUCCAAUGAGCAACUAACAUCCCCUCAUUUACUGCGUCCUGAUGCAACUGAUGAAAGUUUAACUGUUGAGAGACCAAAGAAGCGUAAAAGUGCUACAUCUGAACUUUCACCUUGGCAUAAAGAGCUGACCAAGGUUUCCCAAAGGCUUCUAAAUAUGAGAGCGGCAGAUGUAGAGUGGGCUCGAGCAACGAACCGACUGGCGGAGAAGGUGGAAGAUGAAAGUGAAAUGAUUGAAGAUAGACCACCGAUGUUUAGGUCCAAAAAGAGGCUUAUCUUGACAACACAGCUUGUGCAACAAUUGCUUCGGCCUCCUCCUUCAGCAGUUCUCUCUGCAGAUGCAAGCUCUUCCUUUGAGAUUGUAGCUUAUUUUGCUUCUAGACUAUCACUAGGUGAUGCCUGCAAUGCAAUCGCCUGCUCUAGAAAUGAUAAUCAAACCCCAUCUCCUCCUGACCGUGCAAACCAUUUGCCUGAGAAGCUUAAAACACCUGAGAGAGUUCAUCGGUACUUCCCAAAAGUUGUGGAAGACUUUGUUGAAAAAGCAAGGAAGCUGGAAAAUGAUCUGUUGAGACUGGACAAGAGAACCUCCAUCUUAGACUUGAGAGUGGACAGCCAGGAUCUGGAGAAGUUUUCUGUCAUCAAUCGUUUUGCUAAGUUCCAUGGGCGGGCACAAGGUGAUGGGGCUGAGGCCUCCUCAUCAUCCGAUGCUCCUGCGAAUGCUCAAAGAAUCUGCCCCCAGAAAUAUGUUACUGCACUUCCAGUGCCUAGAAAUCUGCCAGACAGGGUACAAUGUCUUUCACUUUGAUCAUUAAUUGAUUAUUUUUCCCUCUCGGCCAUUUGUCUCCUCAACCCUCUUGAAUCUCUGGUACAUCUUUCAACUUAUUUAAUGGGGCAUGCUUCACAACGGCAAUUACACAAGUGGGGAUGUAGGAGCAGAAGGAAUUCUAGAAUGUCUCCUUUAAGCAAUGGAGACUUCUAGUUCUUUGCAAUAUGACCAUUGAUGUCCUUUUUUGAGAAAUAUAAGAUGGUCUCUGUAUACUAUGAAAGUCUAGAAAGUAACUGCUAUGCCCCAUCAAUUUUUUGGCUUAAGGGGAAGGAUAGAACCGCAGACUGGUUACUCCAAAUUGUACACUUCUAUAAUUCAAGUAAUCAUGUGUGUUCAUAAUCCUAAGCAUGGAAAUUCAUAAUUGAGGUUUUUAGCUUGCGGGAUUUAUUAGAAGGGGCGUCUCUGUGGUGGUAAGUUCAGGAAUUUUCAAUCCUGAUGCAAGAAUUGAUAAUUUAUUUUUUUGGAUAAAA